GAGAGUCAAUCUAUGAUUUUUGGGUCGUCUGGUAACAUCUAAUUGCCGCAAAAGUCGUGCCGUACUUUGGCCUAGAGAUUCAAUGGAAGUUCGUGAGAAGGAAAAACUGUCAAAAUCAGACCCAGAGUUACGUUUGAUUUUGUAGGAGGAUUCAUAAUCGAUGGAGAAAUGGCAUCAGGGAAUUCACCCUCGUCUCUCAUUGCAUCAAAAGAAUCCUCUUUACCAUCCUCAUCAUCUCUGCCUUCAACUUCAUCAUCACAAUCACCCACCUCGCCGAUAGUAACACAACCACAGACACCAUGUCCUCCCCGGGUAGCCAUGAAAACGGACGACUUGAUAUCCCCCCAGCCAAUAAAUAUCUUUGGACAAGUGACAGACUUCCUAGAUCGUCAUUUACAAGCUCUUAGAAUUUGUGUAGCUCUGCUUGGGGUGACUGGCAUUGUAAUUAUUGGCAGAAGCAUUCGAGUGAUGAAAACUUUCCGUGCUGUAUCUGACAUACCAGAAGAAUUCAUCCGAAAGCAGAUGACCCUGAGAGGAAAGGUCAGAGGUCACCAGGAUCACCACCUCUUGGUAGAACAUCUUCCUAUCAUCCGAGGAAUGAAGGGAAUGAAGAAAGGACAAAGAGACUCCUUGCUACCUGUGUGUCUGGCAGGAGUCCAUGUUUCUGAGGGUGGCUUGACUCACCUAGUCAACAUGACUCCUGUUGACUCCUUGAUCAGGUUUAGACUACUUGCUGUGAACGAGGCACAGCAACUGGAAUGCAUCGUCACUAGGAGAAAGAACUUUGCAUCUUCACUUAUGGUGAACGAGUCCUUAGUGAGGCAAGGGUUUGCUCGCGUUAAACCAGCUCAUCCGUCAGUCGCGCUCCACCCAACAACCGUUCGACUGAUCCAAAGACUGUCCAAGGCAGAGCUCCACGCUGAGAAGAAGGCCAAGGGGAUCUGGGCCAAGCCCCCUCUCAGGGAGAGAAUGAACGAGAGAGCUCAGGAGGUGAAGGAUGGGUUGAAGGAGAGGUUGGUGUCCGCCAUGACGCCUUUCACCGUGGGCAUCAAUGCCAUCAAGGCAGCAGGGGCGAGGGUAGGUGCAAUCAUCAGAUGGUCCAAAAAGAGUUCAAAGAAUGGUUGACUGGAACUCUUGAAAAGAAGCUGUUGCAGGACUUUGGUAACAAACAUCAAAACAUGUUUUGCUCUUGAUGUAUUAAAGAGGUUCCAUGUGGCUAUACUGUAUUCAAAAUAUGAGCUUCAAAUAUUAUUUCUAAAAAGAGAUAUUUCUAUUUAAAUACAUUAAAGUGUACUUACACCAAAACAUGUUUUGCUCUUGAUGUCACAGGUUCCAUGUGGCUAUACUGAAUUCAAAUAUGAGCUUUACGUAUUAUUUCUACACAGAGAUAUUGCUAUUUAAAUGCCUUUUAAGUGAACAGGAAAAACAUCUAGUCGAGUGGACUAGCACGCAUAGGCAGUCAUAUAGAAUGGGGCUUGCACAGAAUUUAAAAGUGGGCUGGUAUUUCAUUUAUCCUUGCCUUGAAUGUUUGUAAACAAAGGAUAAUAGUUAUCAGUAUCUGUAUCAGCAUCACUUCCCUUUUAAAAUGGUGUGCAAUACAUUGUUGUUUUAAAUUAAUCAAACUCUUGUUAUUGAACAAUAAAUGCACUGAAAAUAUUUUCAUUCGUUUUAGGAUGUUGGGAGCUUGUAGCGCUUGUAUAUCCCAGAUCCCGAGAAGUGCCUUUACUUAUGUUAAUUUUACUUCUUAUCCAUUACACAGUUGAUGAAAACUUAUACGAUUGUCAUCCGUAAGCUUCCUGGUUUCUAGUGAUCAUCAUUGGGUAUAUUUGUGAUUUUCUUUGAUUGUCUACUUUAAGAAACUACAAGUCUUUUAGUGAAAGAAGACAGUUUUAUCUUUAGGUAGAUUUUAGUGUGUGGUGAAUUAUCAAAGCUUGAUUUGAUUUCCUGUAUACCUUGUCUGUGUCUAUUCAUUAGUCAGUAUUACAAAUUUGUUAAACCUGCAAUGCCUUUAUAUCCUGGCAGACCGUAUUGAAUGAAGAAACAUUUGUAUAUCUACUCUGUGAUAAUGCCAAUUAAUAAAAUUACAUCAGAAACCACCUUUAA